AUGGGUCAUCAACCCCAAGUCCACCGUGCCACUAACGAGACCCUGGCCUCUCCAAGGCCCGAGGCCAGCCAGGAUGUUAAUUUCAUCGAGCCCAAUUCUGAUACACGUCCCUCUUCGAUCCCCUCUCCCUCUCCGUCAUCUCGAAGGAUUCUUCAAGAGCUUUCAGCCGAUCAAGUUCAUAACAAGAGUCUUGCCUGGAACUCGUCUCGAAGGGAGAACAACCAGAAUCAGCAUCAGAAUCAGCAAUUAUACUUGAAGACUGGCCCAAUCAAGCUGCCGACAAAAACGAACCCACCUCGAGGGCCACGGCGCUCACUCAUAGAUUCUGACAGCUUCGAACUCCUCGAUGCGGUUCCUGAAGAAUCAAUUGAAUCCAGCGACUCUGAUACUGCGCCCAGUGGGCCUUCAGCUUUAGCUUCACACAAGCUACACUCUCCAGGUUCGUUUCUUGCGUCUUUCAUCACAACUCCGAGUCACAGCUUGUACACUUCCUCCGCCAUCUUUGUACAAUCUGCUAACCCAGCCUACGAAGGAACCACUGUCAAUUCACACCCGUUGUUGGAUGCAGAGCCUCAAAUUGGACACAACUUAGAGAGCCAUCUAGCAGGUCAGUUUGAAUGGCUUGUGGCGUUUCCAGUGCCAGCGAGUACUGCCAAGGACCACGGCUCUUCCGACGACAGUGAGAACGAUAGCCACGACGUCGAGAUCGCGGUUCAUGGCUGCACUUUACUGUCACGACGUCCGGGCCCCGCCGGCAAUUCCAAAGCUGACGUCUUCAACCUUCUAGCCACACCAUUGAUUGCUGAGGAGUAUCUGGCUUUGGGAUUUGAUCCUUCUCAAGUUAAGAUGGUAUUGCCUCCACCUCCAGCAUAUGAGCUUCAUCAGAAUGUCCCACUUAAGAUUCCCGAGGUCAUCGAGACGGUAGAGCCUGUUUCGCCUUCUCUUACUUUGAUUAGUGAGAGAGGCAGUAGUUACGCAGGGUCCUCUAGGACUGGAUCCUUCUCGGUGCCUCGAAUCGAGGACUCUUUCGAGGAACUUGAUAAACUUGAGGAUGAGCUCGAGGCUAUCAAGGCCUUCACCCAACCACGACGCAUUCCCGUGCCUGAGAAUACUGCGCCCAGUAAUAAACAUCUCGAGCCACCCUCCACGGUCAAGAAGCCGACCGUUUCGAAGAGGGCAUCAGUUAUCGGCAUGUCUUCCACAGUCCGCAUCAAGCCGACUGAGAGACCACAGCUUCCUCUUCGCCGAUCGACCUCUCUGAUAUUCAGAGACAAGAAGCAGGACGAAUCCAACAACAUCACAGAUUUGAAACCACAUACUGCACGCGGAAAGCUGAUCAACUCUCACUCCGCACCAUUGAAGGCGCCUGUCAAGUCCACGAAACCUCCUACUGUCCCCAAGUUUGAGCUUCCUGGUGAGGCUGUCUCUCGACGCCUGAAGGAACAGCGAGAGGCUCGUCGAGCCCAACAGGCUGAGUCUCAGAAAGCUUAUGCGCCUCCUCCGAGACCAAAGUCUAGUAAACCACUUACCAGGCCGAACUUCGAGCUUCCAGGGGAGGCGAUCUCUCGCCGUAAGCGUGAGGAGCGUGAAGCCCGGCUCAAGGCACAAGAAGAAGAGGAACAAAAGAAGCGGGAGUUCAAAGCGAGGCCUAUGCGUCAUAGUUUAAUGCCGGGUAGCAUUCCGCGAGAAACGAUUACUAGUCUUGCUCGACAAGGCAAGCUCCCGCAAGACGAUGCAACUAAGACAUCAACCUCAACUAAAACAAAGCGGAUGUCAAUGCAGGGCCCAAGACCACCGACCAUGUCAGAGGCUCCGGUUACCCAGAGUCGAGGUCGCCUUUCCACUGCUACAUCACGAGAAGAUUUUAGCCGGGCCACCUCGACUUCUACAGGAAGCGGCGGUGGAAAACGAACUACACUCACUGCAGAAGAGGCUUAUCAACUGAGGCUUCGUGGGAAAGAGAUUUUUCAGCGAGACAACACAAGCUUCACUCGAGACAGAGAGCGUGAGAGGCGCGAACGUGAAGAAGCAACACGCCUUGCUCGUGAGCAGGCUGCGGAGCGCUCUAGAAUUGCGAGCCGGGAAUGGGCAGAGAAGAAACGACGUAAGGAGUUAGCCAUACUGGAGUCCCUGAAGGGACACUGA